AUGACCUGGACUCUUAUCCAAACAUAUAGUUUCAAUAAUACCAUAUUAAUCUCAAGUCAGUUUAAUGAAAUAUUCACCACACUUUACGAAAACACGCCAAUCAGUGAAAACACACUAGUAUGGAACGGCUACCGCCUAAGCAAUCCGCGAAUGCAAGCCAUCAAGGAAAAUUCAGAAUUUCUCCUGUUUACGUGCAACUAUGAGAAAAGCCUAAGUCUAUAUGGGUCGGACUACGUCGAAAUUUACCUCCCAGAUCUUGAAGGUGAUGUAUUAGAUGGCAAUGGGACACUCGAUGUUUUCAUCGAACGCGGUCACAUUGGAGGACAAUAUUUUGGCGAUUGCCACACUUGGUUGGCACAAAAUGCUCGAGAAAUAUUGCAUGUUGAUAUGUACUAUGGUUAUCCAGCUUGUAGUGAGUUUACGACCCCCUCGAUCACCAAUUAUACCCUCUGCAACUUGUUCCACUAUUUUGGUAACUAUCAGUUUGGUCACAAUUGUUUGGAUGUAGCCCAUCGUUGUGUCGAGAGUCCUGAAUCUACGACUCAGCUUUGGUUUGGACAUUAA